GUCACUGUCAGCCGCUGUUUGCGACACGACGACAGUCAUAUUUUAUUUGCAGCCUUUGGUCAAAACAGACGCUUUAGGUAUAUAUUGUCGUGUUCGUGGAGUAACGCUGAGAGUCGAGUCCAAGCUAACGAGUGACAAGAAGAGACGUUCCGCUGAUCAACAUGGCUUCAUAUCAGAUGGCGUUGCUGGCGGUGGUGGCCCUGUCGCUGCUGGCGCAGACCGCUGUUGCUGCCCCCUCUGCUGCAGCUGCGGCUGCUGCCUCUCCAGCGGCCAGCCCUUGGGGCUCGUGGUGGCAGCGCUGGCAGACGGACGAGUGCCCGGGGCCCGGCGCCUUCCCGGACACCUCGGACGCCUGCUCGCCCGUCUUCCGCAUCUGCGUCUACAUGGGACCCGUGCGCGGACUGCAGCCUAUCCCCAAGUCCUGCCCCGCCGGAUUCGUCUUCAACGUCGUCACCGGCUGCACCUUCAAGCAGGAGUGCUUCCAGAAGCUUUACCCCCAGGCGGCUGCCGGCUGGACUGCUUAGCUCGGAAAUCUCCAGACCCACUAAAGCCCGUGGAGAACUCUGCCCACUACGAAAACGCAAGGAUAGAAACCUCAGUCAGACUUUGCACAUAGCGUCUGUAACAACAGAACAAGUACUAUAGUACUCUGGCAACCUCAUGCCACACUAGAGUUUUUCCGUAUUAGUCACGUUCUGCUCCUCAUUCUCAUAUAUUCUUAUCUUCCAGAAAUUGACACUUUGCUGCACAUAUCCGUAGAAACGGUAGCUUUUCUCCUAAUGGAGCCACCUUUCUUCAUAUAUCUGUGUAACUUGCUCCGAUGAAAAUGAUGGCAAUAAAGUUAAAUCAAACCUUAUAAA